AUGGACCAAGCCUUUGUCGCGCAGUUGGAGCAAACGCUGGCUGCGAUUGUCAGCCCCAACGCCUCCUCUUUGAAGGAGACGACGAAGACGCUGCAGACACAGUUCUACACACAGGUGACAGCGUUGCCUGCGCUCGUUCACAUCAUGCAGAACAGCGGCGACGACGCAUUGAAGCAGCUUGCCGGUGUGGAGGCCAGAAAGCUGGUAGCGAAGCACUGGGGCAAGCUAGACGGCGCGCUAAAGACUGAAAUAAAGAGCACUUUGCUGCAAACGGCGUUCACCGAGCCCAAGGACAUGGUCCGCCACUCCAGUGCGCGUGUGAUCGCUGCAAUUGGCUCAGAAGAUCUAUCCGACGACCAGUGGCCGGACCUAGUUCCAAACCUGCUACGUGCGGCAGCGGACGAAAACCCUAAGACAAGGGAGACGUCUGUCUUUGUGUUACUCUCUCUACUAGAGUCCUACAAUGAUGCUCUAGGGAAAUACAUUGCCGAGUUCUUGACUUUGUUUUCGCAGACCAUCAACGAUUCCGCGUCCUUGGAGACGAGGUCUUUGUCUGUCCAGGCUUUGAACCAUGUUUCUGCUUUGAUUGAGGAGCAGGAGAAAAUUAACCCUGAGCAUGCGAAUCAAUUUGCCGCUCUAAUUCCAUCCGUCGUCCAAGUCUUGGAUGCUGUGAUCAAGGCUGAUGACAACGUGAACACUAAGUUGAUUUUCAACUGUCUAAAUGACUUCUUGUUGUUGGACUCGCAGCUCACGGGCAAUGCCGUCGUCGAUUUGAUCAAGCUAGCCCUACAGAUUGCGGGUAAUGUUCAAGUUGAUGAAGAGGUUAGAGUCUUUGCCGUCCAGUUUGUCAUUUCUGCUGUCUCUUAUAGAAAGUCAAAGAUCCAACAAGCUAAGUUGGCUCCUGAGAUCACGAUCACCGCAUUGAAGGUUGCAUCUGACCAAGUCGAUGUAGAGGACGAGCUAAACACCGAGGAAGAAGCGGGGGAGAACGAAGAGAACACUCCUUGUUUGACCGCGAUGAGAUUGAUUGCCUUCUGCUCAACUGAAUUCCCACCUUCCCAGGUUGCUGCGCCUAUUAUGGAGCACCUACCAGCGAUGCUUUCUUCUGCCAAUCAGUUUGAGAGACGUGCUAUCUUGUUGGCUAUAUCUGUUGCUGUCACAGGUUCCCCUGACUACAUGCUCUCCCAACUGGACAGAAUAAUUCCUGCUACUAUCAGUGGUAUGAAAGACCAGGAGCCAAUCGUUCAACUCGCAGCGCUAAAGGCGGUGUCGCAGUUGACAACUGAGCUUCAGGACGAAGUCGCCAAGUUCCAUGAAGAAUAUCUGCCACUAAUAAUCAGUAUCAUUGACAACUCCAAGCACGUCGUUAUUUACAGAUAUGCCACUACAGCCCUUGAUGGUCUGCUAGAGUUUAUUGCUUAUGAUGCUAUUGCGAAGUAUCUAGAGCCACUAAUGAACAAGCUUUUCCAGAUGUUGGAAUCUCAGACCUCUUCCAAGUUGAGGGCGGCUAUCGUCUCGGCGAUUGGUUCUGCUGCCUUUGCUGCGGGCUCUAACUUUGUGCCAUAUUUCAAGACCUCUGUUCAAUUCUUGGAGCAAUUCAUCCAGAACUGUUCUAACAUUGAGGGUAUGUCUGAGGACGACAUUGAACUGAGAGCUUUGACAUUUGAGAAUAUCUCUACUAUGGGUAGAGCCGUUAGAUCUACUACUUUCGCAGAGGUUGCGGAGCCGCUUGUGAACUCUGCUUACGAAGCCAUCAAGACCGACUCUGCUAGAUUGAGAGAGUCUGGGUAUGCUUUCAUUGCCAACAUGGCCAAGGUCUACGGCAAGGACUUCGCUCCAUUUUUGGAAACUAUUAUGCCAGAGAUCUUCAAGACUUUGCAGCAAGAGGAGUACCAAUUUAACUUCGAUGGCGAUGCUGACGAUCUAGCGGCUUUUGCGGAUGAUGCUGACGAGGACGACCUGCAGAAUAAGUUCACCGUCAACACAGGUAUCUCCUACGAGAAGGAAGUUGCAGCUGCCGCUUUGUCCGAGCUCGCCAUUGCCUGCAAGGAACAGUUCUUGAAGUUUGUCGAGCCAUCCUUGAAAGUAUUGAGAGAGCAGGUGGACGAAUCGUACGGGUUGAGAGAAACUGCCAUGCACACCAUUUGGAACAUUGUCAAGGCUGUCCUGUUGACGACUAACAUCAACGAGGACAACUAUCCAAAGGGCGUUCCUACCGGCUCCUACGUGGACAGCAGUGUCCUAUCCGUUAUCCAAACUGCCAGAGAGAUCUCCUUAGAUGGUUUGAGUGAGGAGUUUGAGACUUCUAUGAUCAUCACCGUCUUUGAGACGAUGGCUGAAAUGAUCAAGAAGUUCGGUCCAAUCAUCAUUAUGGACAAUGGUGACUCCACAUAUUUGGAGCAGUUGUGCUUGCAAGUUUUAAGCGUACUAAAGGGCGAGCACACUUGCCAGACCAUUGACUACGAGGACGACGUGCCCAAGGAUGAAGAUAUGGAUGCCUCUGAGACCGAAGCAGCGUUGCUAGACGUCGCAUUGGAGGUGUUGGUGUCUCUAUCCCAUGCCCUAGCCGACGGAUAUCCAAAGGUUUUUGAGGGCUUCAAACCAAUAGUACUAUCCUUGUUUGAAACAAAAUCGAAGAAUAAGAGAUCUGCUGCUGUCGGUGCAGUUUCGGAAAUUGCGUUAGGCUUGAAGGAACACAACCCAUAUGUCCAGGAACUGCUUCAGGCGAUGAUUAUCAGAUUGACUGCAGACAAGUCUCUCGAGGUGCGCGGUAACGCGGCCUACGGUGUGGGUCUAUUGAUCCAGUACGCACAGUUUGACGUGUCUGCUGUAUACGAGCCUGUACUAAAGGCUAUGUACCAGCUGUUGAACACCGCUGACCAAAAGGUCCUUACUGCCAACGACGAUGAGGCUACCAAGGAGAUCAUCGACCGCGCCUUCGCUAACGCCACGGGCUGCGUUGCCAGAAUGACGCUAAGAAGCGAAAACCUAGUUCCUCUGGAGCACACUCUUCCAGCGCUAUUGUCUCACCUACCUUUGAAUACCGGGUACGAGGAAUACGACCCGAUCUUUGAGUUGAUCAUCAAGCUCUACCAGGCUAACAACAGUCUCAUCAUUGCAGAAACUCCUAGAAUUAUCGAGUUCUUCGCCGCCGUGUUCACCAAGGACAACGAGAGAAUUCAGCUGGAGAAGGAAUCGACCUUGGGCAGAGAGGAGAACAUGGAUAAACUAAAGCAGUUCCAGUCCCAGGAGAUGAGACAAAGAGUGGUCGAACUUUUGAAGUUCUUGAACCAAACCUACAAUGGCAUUGUGGCCCAGAAUGCUGUUCUGGCUCCCGUUAUCGCCUGA